AUGGCUGCAGUGCCGACUGGGCCUAGCAGCGCAUUGCCAGCAUCCCCGGCUGAAAUUAUUCCCUUCCCCGGGGAUGGGAGUUUCGAACCUGGGGAAGGGGAGCAGCUCGGCUGCGGUCGGGAGGGCUCUGUAGCCUCGGGGGCAGGACAGGAGCAGCAGGUCAGCGAGGACAAACGGGCAAGUAAGAAAAAACAGAAAAACAUGCUAUCGCAUGGUAACCCGGCUGCGCUACACCUCAAAACGCAAGCCCUGCAGGAACAGCAAAUGAACGGCUUGGUCAGUCCGUCGGAAAACCGACCCAAAAAUCCGAGACCGUCCACGGAGUACUGUGACAACAGCAGUUUUGGAGACGACCCGAGCGACAAAAACAAUAGCGACCAUUGCUGCCAACAUGAGGACCACAGUCCGUGUUCGAAAGGCAGCCACCCUCACUUGAACAACAAUAGCAUGAACGGUAUGCUGACUAUCACAAGAACUGAGGCUAUCCAAAGCCACCCUGUAACGGGAGACCGCCCCGGUGGUAACGUUAGGAAAGGGGAAUGCGACCCCAAGGAAGCCCCUCGUCCACCGAGGCAGCAGCCUCCAGACUGUGAAGGCCCCGGCGAGCCCCGGGCUGGAGUAGAGAGUGAACCCGACGCCACAUACCAGCCGCCGGUGUCAGAACUAGCGAGACUGGAUCUGAACUGCUCGCCUGGCCGAGGAGAGGAAGAGAGCCAGGGGAUUCAUUAUGUCCGCUACGAGUCCGAGUUACAGAUGCCAGGAAUCAUGAGGUUGAUCACCAAGGACUUGUCUGAGCCCUAUUCCAUUUAUACCUAUAGGUACUUCAUCCAUAACUGGCCGCAGCUCUGCUUUCUGGUGAGUAUGACAUUAUAAUAAUUGAUUGGAUUUAUAUAGCGCUUUUCUAGCAACUGAGGUACUCAAACCGCUUUACAUAGUAAGGGGGGAACUCACCUCAUCCACCACCAAUGUGCAGCAACCACCUGGGUGAUGCACUGCGACCAUUUUUGUGCCCGAACGCUCACCACAUGAUAUGUGCCAUGGGAAUUUUUAUGACUACAGAGUCAGGACACCUGUAUAACGUCCCAUCUGAAAGACAGCACCCUACCGAGGGCAAUGUCCCCUUCACUGCCCUGAGGCAUUGGGAUCUCCUUAGACCAGAGGGAAGAGUAACCCCUGCUGGCCCUCCAACACCACUUCCAGCAGCAUCUGGUCUCCCUUCCAGGGACCGACCCUGCUUUGCUUCAGAGGCAAGCCAGCAGUGGUAUGCAGGGUGGUAUGCUGCUGACAUGACACUAUCUAUAGCCCUCAAACUCAUCUCUGGACCACUGCAUGUUUUCAUUGUUCCCCUCUAAUCAGGGACUGAUUUAAGACCUGGGACACCAGGUGUGUGCAAAUCAUUAUCAGGUAGAACAGAAAACCAGCAGGCUCCGGACCUCGUAGGGUAAGAGUUGAAUUCCCUUGAUCUAUAUUAAAACACCUUCAUGACUUGACUUAGGUGUGGUUGGGGAAAAUUAGCAAAAUAAACAGGCCAACUAGUGUCCCUUAGCACAGUUUUGAUGUAGGCCUAUUGUUACUGUGUCGGCUUCUAUUGUGUUAUUAUCCUGUCAGUCUGUAAUCUAAUCCUGGUCUUUUGACAUUCCUAAAGUUCCAGUUAAAUUGUAGGCUUCUCUUUAGGUGGAUCCAGACAAGUGUCAUAUAGGCUAAAUGAGAAGAGUAGCCCUUCCACCCUCCCUUCUUCCUCCCUGUUGUGUUGUCUGACAGUGAAACUGUUUGUUUUUAGGUUGGACUAAAAGGGCUGGUGGGCUAGGCCUAGGGUUGGUUAGGGUGUGACUUCUAGUGUAGGCGUGCACUAUAUUUAAUAACCUUGAGGUGUGUCACACGGCAACAGUUGAACAUGAUGUGGCAUGUACGUGCGCGCACACACACAUCCCCUUGGACAGCCUUGGGACUCCUUCUAUAUAGUGUUGCAGCCUCAGACGCUUGCUGACUGUGAAACACUUGCAAGUCUCUUUCAAGUCAUUCACUUUUCUAGUCUUGACGUUUUCAUUUGGUAUUUUGAGGUGAACUCUAGGCUAAUAUGAAACCAUUUUAGGUACACAAAUUCAGAAAUUUGCUGUUGAUCUGUCUCCCUCUCCAUAGAGGACUUAGCCAUUGUCAUCAUUGUAACCAUGAUUAUUUAUAUUCAAUAUGAUUUCUGUCUACUGCCAUUUAGUGACCUCUAGGAAGGAGGAAGCGCCAUGUGCAGUGUAAUCAAACUAGAGAUCAGGGUAGAUGUGUUCUGGAUGCUCAUUGGCUAGAAGCAUUGGUUUUGUUUACCUUUUGGUUUUGUUGGGUCAAAAGAAAGCUUUAAAAACUUUAGGUUAGACACAGCACAAACAUGUUGGUUCAUUUCCAGGCCAUGGUGGAGCAGGAGUGUGUGGGGGGCAUUGUGUGUAAGCUGGACAUGCACAAGAAGAUGUUUCGUCGUGGCUACAUCGCCAUGCUGGCUGUGGACUCCAAACACCGGAGGAAAAGCAUUGGUGAGAACCGGCGCGCUCUUUGUCAUUUUCUCAUGGCGACCUAUCACACUUUAUUAACCUAGCCCUUUUCGCAAAAAGGUUUGAUCUAAAAGUGCUAUAUCAAUUCCAUUUUCUCUCUGCAAACUUCUAUAUGUGCAAUCCCACUGAAUUGAUUGUCUGUGUGUUUUCAGGUACUAACCUGGUGAAGAAGGCCAUCUAUGCCAUGGUAGAGGGGGACUGUGAUGAGGUAAGAGGAUUGGUACUGUCUGUCUGAUGGUGAUGUCCCAAGGCCCUGUUGUCCGUCUGGUUCCUACACUCAGCUAGUGGCCCUGACUGCACUGGUACUGAUGGAUUAAAGGCACAAACUUGGAUUCAAACCACAACAAAGCGGCCACCUGCCACUUUAUUCGUAAACAGCUGAGGGGGGGGGGGGGGGGGGGGGGGAGUUUAACAAAACUUAUUUAUUUAUUUUAUUUUGCUUAUUAGGCAUUUAUAAUUUAUAUUCUUCAAUAAUCAAUUGCUAUAGCUAUGCAUUAAUUUUUAAGUCCAAAAAUGUAUGUAGAAAUACCAGAUUACCCAUUUAACCUGAUAUUGUGUAUCCAGACCAAAAAAAAGGUGCUCAACAGCUCUAGUGAAUAAAAUUGAUAGAAUAGAAAAAUAACUUGUGCACCUCUUGCUUAUAAAAUUCACACAGAAUGACUCAUCCCAUUUUAUUAUGGUUAAUGCUGUUUCUCUUCUCUUAUGACAAAAACAAACAAAGCAAAAUGAUCCAACCACUACUUGUAUUGCUUCAGCUCUGACAAUCUCUCUCUCUCUCUCUCUCUCUCUCUCUCUCUCUCUCUCUCUCUCUCUCUCUCUCUCUCCUCUCUCUCUCUCUCUCUCUCUCUCUCUCUCUCUCAGGUGGUUCUUGAGACUGAGAUCACUAACAAGUCAGCUUUGAAGCUGUAUGAGAACCUGGGUUUUGUCAGAGACAAGCGGCUCUUCAGAUAUUACCUGAACGGCGUGGACGCGCUGAGGCUCAAACUGUGGCUCCGCUAGAGAGAGGAGGAUGACAGGUGCUGCCCACUUACUGAACCAACUCCACAGCCUCAGUCACACACAUACACCCUUAUGCACACGCACGAAUAUUCCCAUACAUAUGCAUACACAUAGACACACGCACACUACUCAUACAGACAUACA